UAUUGUCUUUCAGAAAAUUAAGGUUAUCGAAUGAACAAAAUUUCAAGAUGUGGAACCGCGCGGCACCCCGCAUGACAGGACGUGUUUGGAAUUACAGCCAAAGAUUUGACUAGAAUCCUCAUUUGAUUGUUGUAGUAAGGAAGUCUGUAGAAUACCACUGGACAGGAGGCCGUCGAAGAGAGACGCCAUGUGCGUGAUGGAGAGGAGUGAAACGAGGCGAGAGAUUCGUAGCGCUCGGUUCCUUGAGGACCACUCGGAACCACUCGGAACCACUCAAGUCUGAAUUCAUGAGGAAUCCCCUGGCAUCAAAGCUACUUUCCGGAGAGCUCUUUGUACCAUCCAGGGGAGGAGGGGGGGGAUAAACAGAGCAUGUAUAAAGAGAUGAUGAUUUGGCCGAGGUUGAGGUUGCUCAUCAUCAAUUCCAUCUUCGGUAUCAUCAUUCUUCCAGCAGUCAAAAUCUUGGCGUAUUUCUACUGAAUAUACGCAUUUAUCAUGCCACGCAGCGUUGAAUUUCGGAAACAUGGCCUGAUACUCGACAAAGCUUCGGAGGCCCUUUAUAAGGCAGCACACAUCGCGGUUCAGAAAGACCUAGAGCUGAACCCAAAGGAGCACGAGACAACUGCUUUAAUGUUUCACCUUCUCGAGAUGAACGUUUUCGCCGCGUCAGACAGCAGAUACACAGGAACUGCUGAGUAUUAUUUAGAUACUACGAAGGGGAAGCAAGCCGAUAUUGUUGUCAGAUAUAGCUAAGGUCCUGGCGAAUCACCGCCGCAAAAAAUUCUGAUGGUCGGAGAGUGUAAGAGGACUUUGCGGACUACAGGUUCUCAUCUAAAGAAACUGGAGUGGCAAGCCUAUCGAUACUGUCAGAUUUAUUUCCAAUCUGUAGAGGGAAGAGAAUUAGAUCACAUCUUCGCGGCCACGAUGGUAGGAGCUCACAUGAGGAUAUGGAGGUGUGAAAAGGACCCCGCCUUUGUUCCACAGAGAGAGGUAGAACCCGGAAAGUUUCGAGCUUAUUGGACCGAGAUCGCAACAAGGGAUGUAUAUGUCGAACCAGAUGCUAAUUGGGGCAGAUAUCAAGACGUCGGACUGGACAGAAACAACGUCUAUUUCCUGCGCAGUUUCGCAAUGAUCAAAGAUCGUCCCCUAGAGCCCAUGACUACCGACGAUCAAUUCGGCGAGAACAGAAUGAAGAAGUAUUUCGGGGACAAAUACGGGAACCCAGGUUGCCUCACAUCCGAAUCACGCGAAGUAAGAGAUUUGACUGAGAACAUGGGAUCUCUGGGCGGAAGCUCUGGAGCAAAUUUUAGGCUAAAUAGAAAUGCCAAAUCUUCAUAUACAAGUUUGAAGAAUACUCCUAGUCGUGUGCAAAUGGAGACAACCAGAAACGCACCAUAUCCAUCACCUUCUAAUCGACCAUCCGAAUCAUCAAGAGCAACAAGCUUCAGCCGGAUACAAGAGCCAAUUCGUGAGAAUAGAUUACCGCGGCGAGAACCAAUUCGUAUUGCAGUCGAGGUUAGUAGAGAUCACGUUUAUUUCCAUGAUGGGAUCAAAAAGCGCUGUACGGAUCGCGACAACUAGUUACAAAAUAUUCUUAAUGGUAGACGCGUUCGAAUGUUUGAAAAUCGCUCUACCGGCCAGAAGUAUUACUACUCACCAGGUGAUGAGAGGAGAAGAUGAGCAAUUUUGGGAAAAGAUGUAUUUAGUCAUAUUUGUUUUCUUGGAUGGGUAGUUCUAGUAAUGGAUUUGACAAGAUUGUUGAUUCUAGUUUUGUAUUGAUGGAUUAGGUUUUGAACUAUUGUGAAAAUAGUUGGAAUUGCAGACUGCCAUAU